UUUAUUUAUUGAUAUAUCUGUUGGAUACAUGAAUUGCUUCCACUUAUUUGUUAUUGUGAAUAAUACUGCUAUGAAUAUUGGUGUACAAGUAUCUGUUCCAGUCCCUGUUUUUAAUACACUUGGGUAUAUACCUCAGGGUUAAAUUUUUAGGAACUGCUAUAUUUCCUUUUACGUUCCCACAAGCAUCCAGCAUUAUUUUUUUAAUAUGUUGGUCUUUUUUUUUUUUUCUUUUAAAGUCAAACCUGGACUGGAAAUAAGCAGCAAAGCUUAGAGUCCUGCCGCAGUUUGCUGAUAAAUUGCUAGUAUCAACAAUCUUGACACAUCACCUCCUAGACUAGAGUGAUGUUUCUCAGUGUACACAGCUGAGACUCCCAAGGCAAUCACCUAAGAGGCUUAUUAUUAAUACAUCUGUAGGGUCCUUGAUUCCACUUCAUAUAUGCUGAAUCAGCAUCUUUGAGACUGAGGUCCCCUAAAACCAUCAUUAUGCAUGCUAACACAUGAAACUCAGAAACCUAGAUUGUUGAGUUCUCAGAGGCGGGGAAAAUAUCUCAGUCACUUUUGUAUCCCUCACUGCCAAAUAUCCUGGAGAUAUUCAACAAACAUAUACUUGAACUAAUAUUUCAGUCUAAAUUUGCUUGAUUGCUAUGUACAGUAUUCAUUACAACUAAAUUCAACGAGUUAGAAAAUAUGUAAUAGUGUAGUAUGCCUUUCAUUUGUAAAGACAGUGUAUCUUACCAGCUGUGGUCUAUUAUCCCAUCUUUUGCUGCCAAGAAUCUUUAUGCUAUAUGUAACUUUCAGCUGAGUCCUUCAAGCUUUGUAACAGGGUAAAAAAGGAUACGGACUUGGAAACUGGAAGAGCUGUCUUUGUGUAACUUUUGAUAAUUAAAUCAAAAUGUCUAAGAAUCAAGUGUAUAAUCUCUAAAGGUCGGCCACAUUUCCUAUCAACUUCGCAGCGUUGCUGAAGCUCAAAUGAUACUCUACGUAGGAAAGUCUACUGUAGCAAUGUCUAUAGUUACCAUGUGGCCGGAUAAUUUAAACAGAACAAAAAAUAUGUUUCUAAGUCUUCCUAAAGACCUCAAAUAUGCUACUGUAUCAAUUUGCAGCUCUAAAGCACAGGCAAACGAGACUGAAACAGAAACACAGCAGAAAAACCUUAAAUGGAUGGAAAACAUCCGUUCAUUCAUUCAUCACUUUUAUCCAGCAUCUACAUUUAUAACACUCUGGGCGUGUGUGAAAAAUAGUGAUUAAACAAAUUCAAGUCUGUCCUCCAGAGAUUUACUUCUUUUGUGUAUAUGAAUAAAUAGCAAGCCGUCUCAUUUCAGAUCAAACUGUCUUCCGCAUCAAAAAUAAGCUGUGCGGGACCUGCUUCAAAUUCGCGCGCGCUGUCUCUUUAACGCGUAAUAGAAUUCUGAUUGCAUCGAUCACAGGUUCCUUACCCUCUCCCAACAAUCGGUCUCCCACCUAUAUCGGUUACUACCCUCCUUCUGGUAUCAAGCCGGGGGGAGCUCAGGUGUUAGCAAACGUUGGCUUUGAUGUGUGACGACACCUGAUCCCCGGGCGUCCGCCUUGCCAGGUGGCGGAGGUCCGGCUUUUCGCGGCGCGGGCGCAGCCUCGGGGCUCGGCUGGCCACGCCUGGAGCGCGGGGUUUGACUGGGGCGCCGUUGUUGUAGUGACCGGGAGGCGCUGCCGCUCCGGGCGGACGGUUCCGGGCACCGCACGGUCCCCCUUCCUACCCCGCCCCCUCCCUCCCCCCCGGUUCCCCCUGCGGGCAGGAGCCGGGAGCUGAGCGCUCCCCCAUGGCCUCCUCCCCGGAGGACCCGGUUCUGGAGCGUUACUUUAAGGGCCACAAAGCUGCGAUCACCUCCGUGGACUUUAGCCCCAACGGCAAACAACUUGCUACCGGCUCUUGGGAUACAUUUCUCAUGCUGUGGAGCCUCAGGCCGCAAGCUAGAGCUUUCAGAUACGUGGGUCACAAGGACGUUGUCACCAGCCUGCAGUUUUCCCCACUUGGAAACUUACUGGCAUCAGCUUCACGAGACAGGACCAUCAGACUCUGGAUCCCUGACAAGAGAGGGAAAUCCUCUGAAUUUAAAGCUCACACAGCUCCAGUUCGAAGUGUGGACUUUUCAGCUGAUGGCCAGUUUCUUGCCACAGCUUCUGAAGACAAAUCUAUCAAAGUAUGGAACAUGUAUCGCCAGCGCUUCUUAUAUUCCUUGUACCGACACACACACUGGGUUCGCUGUGCCAAGUUUUCACCUGAUGGCAGACUAAUCGUAUCAUGCAGUGAGGAUAAAACUAUUAAAAUCUGGGAUACCACAAGUAAGCAGUGUGUUAACAACUUCUCAGAUUUCGUAGGGUUUGCAAAUUUUGUGGCUUUUAACCCUAAUGGUACAUGCAUAGCUUCAGCAGGUUCUGACCAUACUGUGAAAAUCUGGGAUAUAAGAGUGAACAAGUUACUCCAGCAUUAUCAAGUUCACAGCGGUGGAGUUAAUUGUGUGUCAUUCCAUCCUUCGGGUAACUAUCUCAUCACUGCUUCUUCAGAUGGUACGCUGAAGAUCCUGGACCUCUUAGAAGGAAGGCUUAUAUAUACACUUCAAGGACAUACGGGGCCUGUCUUCACUGUUUCAUUUUCAAAAGGUGGAGAGCUAUUUACAUCAGGAGGCGCAGAUGCACAGGUCUUAUUAUGGAGGACUAACUUUGAUGAACUGAAUUAUAAAGAUGUUAGUAAAAGAAACCUCAAAAGACUGCACUUUGAUUCACCACCACAUCUGCUCGAUAUCUACCCAAGGACACCGCAUCCCCAUGAGGGAAGGACUGAAACUGUGGAAAUUAAUCCAAAGCUUGAUGUAAUCGAUUUGCAGACCUCCACUCCCCCUGUUGUGGACAUCCUUUCUUUUGAUUCUACCACAACAACAGAAACAACUGUUAGAACUCUACCAGACACGGGUGAAGAGAUCUGCGGAUAUUUCUUGAAUCCUUCUUUAAUGGCAUCAGAAUGUCCACCUACAGUCUUGAAAAAGAAAACAGAAGACAUAAGUGACCUCCCUUCUGAGAGUCAAAGAAGCAUACCGCUUGCUGUGACCGACGCGUUGGAGCAUAUUAUGGAACAGCUCAAUGUUUUGACACAGACUGUUUCAAUCUUGGAGCAGCGACUGACUUUGACAGAGGAUAAGCUGAAAGACUGCCUUGAAAAUCAGCAAAAGCUUUUCAAUGCAAUCCAACAGAAAAUUUGAACAGAAAAGUAUGAGCAGAGGCAUGAGAAAUGAACACAUGUACAUAUACUCAGGAAGGCAGUACCAGCUGCUUCAUGCAACACAACCAUGUGCGAAUUGGCAUGGCAUUUCUUAAAAGGGUGAGCAACAGAACAAAAGGCAGAAAAGGCAUAAUUAAGGACCAGUUUAAACAUACUAAUCAAUGUCUAGGACUAAUUCAAAUCAUUACUAUUUAUGGUUCCACUAAUAAAGUGAUAAGCAUUCAAGUGGCUCUAUAUUUCCCCCCCAUAGUAUUUUUUAAAUGUUAGUUAAUAGUUCAAAUCCUGCCAGGAAAAUAACCAAAUCUUUGGAUUUCAUUGUUAUUUCAAAUUGACCAUGUCCAGGCAAUUCCUUCAACAAUUAGUGUACUUCUUUAGUGAACAGUACCCUUAGGGUGAAAUAAUUCACUUAACUCUAAAAUAGCAUUGUAUGUGCAGAGAAUGAAUUAAUGAUCUGACUUGUAUUUCUCAGUUUAAAAAAUUUACUCUUUCUUACCUAUGCCAUUUGAUGAGAAGAUGAUCUCACAGACUCUCAAACCACAGAAUUUCCACAGCAAGAAUACACUUAUUUUAAUUAGCAACAGCACAUACAGGACAUAUGGCAGGGAUUUUGAUUUAAUUUACAGCAUACAUAGCUUAUUCUUUGACCAACCUGAAAAAAAAUGAAGAGUUAGAAAUACGUGAAGUGCAUAUAUCUUCUUCCGUAGAUGAAGGCACUGAAUGUUUUUGGUUAUAUCCAAAUCUAUGAUAUCAGUUUAUGAAGAUUAAAUUAGUGCAGAAUCCUCAAAACCCAGAACCAUGCAACAGCAAUACUUAAAAAUAUACACCCAUGUGUGUUCACAUGCUUCAGGAAUGUUUAGGGUGAUUUUGGUACCUGAAUAUAAGGACUUUAAAAGAACAUUUAUUUGCAUCGUUGUCUACCUCUUUCUUUUAAUUGUGAUUUGAAACAAAAUGAAAAUGAGUAAAACAUUCUAAAAGAUCUUGGUUAUAAUUUAAGAAUUUUAUUUUAAACAAAAUAAGAGAUUAAAUUGGAAAAAAAAAAAAAGAAUUUAGCUUGCAUUUCUGUUAACCUAUAU